AUGAAACGAAUUUUGAUUCUUGGUGGUGCUGGACGCAUGUCAUCUGGCACUGCUCGAGAUUUACUAGCGACCUACUCACAUUCAAUUGAAAAACUCAUAAUUGCCGAUUCGAGUAAUGAACGUCUGGAUAUUCUUCGUCAAUCAUUAACCGAUUCACGUAUUGAAACCCACAUUAUCGAUGUUACCGAUAGACAAAUCAUCCUGUCAUUACUUGCUAAAUGUGACGUCUGUAUUAACGCUGUGCCCACUUUUGCAGGCCUUCAAAUGGAUAUAUUUCAUGCGUGCUUCGAAGCAAAACGGAAUUACGUUGAUUACGGAGGUAUGGGUAUCUACACUGUCCAACAAAAGGCUGAGCAUGAUCAAUGGGAAAAGGCUGGAAUAACAGCCAUUUUAGGACUAGGCGCGGAUCCAGGGUUAUCUAAUAUCUUGUGUCGAGUUGUCGCUGAUCGUCUUGAUAAGAUCGAUAAGAUUAAUUUAUAUUGGGCAGCAAAACUUAUUGGUGAUGAAAAUCCAAUAUUGAUUCCUCCGUAUAACUUGUCAACGGUACUAGCUGAAUAUACUAAUCCCAGUCAGCAAUUUCUGAAUGGAAAACUUCAGCAAGUUCCAGCACAAAGUGGUUUUGAAACUAUAGAUCUGCCGGAACCUUUUGGUAAAACCAGUUUUAUGCAUUCACAACAUUCUGAACCACUAACUGUUCCAUUUGCUAACGGGAUCAAGGAAAAGGGUAUGCAAGAGUUUACAUGGAAAUUAUCGUUACCUGAACGCGAACAUCAAGCAUGGAUUGGGUUAGUAAAGGCUGGUUUUGGAGAAUCAUUUGAUGAAGAUGUGACAUUGCCAAAUGGAACGUCUGUUCGUCCCGUUGACGUUCUCCAAGCGGUCAUAGAUCGCAAUAUAGAACGGCAUAAAAAGCGAAUUCCUGAUCAAGAACUACACGAGAUUCAUUUUGCCAUUGGACAAGGGGUUAAAGAAGGUAAUUCUUGUCGUGUAACUGCACGUAUGAUAGGACUACCGGAUCCAAUGUAUAACGAAUAUGUUGAUGCGUGCACGUCGAUGUCAAUGUCAAUUGGUGUUCAACAAUUUUUGAAUACUGAAACGACUCGAAAAUCAGGUGUUUAUGCUCCUGAGGAAUAUUUUAAUGCUGAUAAAUUCUUAGAGGAAAUUAGAAAACGUAAUUUCAAAGUAGAAAUCGAAACACAAAUUACAGAAAAGGAUUAA